CCUUAAAGCCUAAGAAUUACAAUUAAAAUAGAAAAUCAUGAAAUCAAAUUUGAAACCUAUUUCCUCUUUCAAAUCAAAUCCAGAUAGAAAGCGACCCCUUUCCCUCCCCAUUCCUUCGUUUUCCUACUCUGUUUGCUUCUUCCUCACCGAAACCAAUACAUUAUACAUACACAGAUAGAUACAUGUUUCUGAUAAGAUAAGCUCGCCGCCUCAAAUACACACAGUUUUCCGCCUCUUCUCCCCCAAUUCAAUAUCAGCUAAAUGUGGAUCAAUACACACACCGUCAAUUGAAUACUAUUUUCCCAUACCGAUUUUAGUUUUUUUUUUUUUUUUUAGCAAGAAAUUAUUAGUGUUAUGGCCUUUGAUCAGAACUCAACGCCCAAAAAUUUACGCCCAUUAAAUAUAGUGAGAAAUUUACCCGAAGACCCAAGAAUCGCUCCUGUAACCUCAUCAAUUAGACCCAUUGAAGGGUUUUACACACACACACCCACAGAUAUUGGAGCCGUGCCUGCGGUUUAUUACCAAACCACAGCUCCGGCUUUCUCCAACGGUGUUAGCGGGUGGGUCCCGCAUAUCGUGCCACCUCAACCCCAGCCCCAGCCCCAACAAGGUCUUGUGGGCCCCACCGUAGUUAGUUCUGCGAGCGGGUACACUUAUAGUCCGAGUUUUGGUAGUGAUGAGAGUGGCGGCGAUACUUCUGCCUCUGUUCGGAAAAUUAAGUUCUUGUGCAGUUUCGGUGGGAAGAUACUGCCGCGUGUGAGUGACGGUGCGUUGAGAUACGUAGGAGGACAUACUAGGAUUAUCAGUGUUAGAAGAGACAUCCCUUUCGUCGAAUUCUUACACAAGAUGGCCGAUACGUUGGGACAGAGUGCGGUGAUUAAGUAUCAGUUGCCGGAUGAAGAUCUCGAUGCACUCGUCUCCGUUUCUUGUCCGGACGAUCUCGAAAACAUGAUGGAUGAAUACGAAAAGCUUCUAGAAAGAUCUUCGGAUGGUUCGGCUAAAAUGAGGAUACUUUUGUUUUCGCCUUCCGAGAUCGAAAAUGCGAGUUUUGAAGAUUUGGAGGAUGGUGGGAAUAGGUAUGUUGAAGCUGUGAACGGGAUUAUGGAUGGUUUUAACCGUCUUGCAAGAAAGGAGAGUAUUGAGAGUGGUAAUUCUGCAAGGAGUUCCGAUUUAAGUGGUACAGAAGGUGCUGAUAGCUUAGGCCAAGUUAGUGGUGGUUUUUCGCCCAAGGGGAUUUCUGUUGUCCCGCUCGAGACAGCACCGAAAGUGGUUUAUGUUGAUCCUAGUACUAUGCCGUAUGUUGCUCCUACAACUAUAGGUGUUGUCUCUGAGCAAGACUUAGGGUUGCCAAGUGCGAGUUUUCCAGUAUCUUCACCAUACACACACACGCAGACUAUUCAAGAAAGUCCGAACCAUGGAAACUAUGUUCAAUUCCCUUCCCAAAUGGGGUUCCCUUCGCAUAUUUUAGGACACAUGCAACCUAUUUACGCUCAACAGCCUAUCCAUGUGGGUGUGGGAGUUUCUCCGCAUCAGUUUUCUCCUGCCUCUCAUAUGACUCCAAAUCCCUCGUUUAUAAGUACUAAUCACAGUAAUGCAGUUCCUGCUUUCGUUCAGCAGUCACCUCAGCAUGUUCGGAUGGAACAGCAUUAUCCUGUGGAAAGCAUCAUAGGACAGAGGGUGGUCCCCACAACUGUCCAAUCGGGAAUGUACAGCUGGCAACCAACAAUUCGACACCCCGAGCAAGUGGCAUUUACGGAAGGGGGAUUGCCCGUUACACCUAUUUCACCAGAUACGUUCCCCGAGAAGAAGAAUCCGAGACUCGAGGACUGCUACAUGUGUCAAAAAGCACUGCCGCAUGCUCACUCAGAUACUGUUGUAGCUCACGAGAAAAACGGAAGCCCUGUGGGACCCACCACCGUUUCUGACUCGAGAUCGAUUUAUUGCAGUCUCCCUUCGGACGUUCGAGUAGUGCCCACGAUAAAGCCUCUUGUAACAACUGAAGGUAAUAAUGGGGAUUAUGACUCUGGGAAAAUUCACACAGAAGCAACAGGGGUUCAACAAUUUCCGUACGGUGUGUAUGUGGCUAACGCUCCUCCUCAGUCUUCGCAACACAACAACACUACACAGAAUCCACUCGCUCAACCUCUGCAGAACACAGAAUAUGCCGUUCGUGAAUCGCCGAAAGAAUAUUCCGUUAAAGCUCCUAUCGAAGAUUCCACUUCGUCUGCAUAUGACAAUCUAAGACAGAUUGACGGGAGAUUGGAAAAUCUCAGGAUACGCCCGUCUGAGCUUUUAUCUAGCAACGAGCAUAAUAGUUUGUCUACUGACGGCAGUGGUGUAAACUCCGUUUAUUCGGGCGUGGGGCCCGCUCGUGGGGCAGAAAGAAUCGUACCUACGAAUGAAUGGAAGGACAACAACAUAGGAUCGUCUGUGUCGCCUCCCUACAGUAUUCUUGAUACCAUUGAUGAGUCAGCGUCGUUAUUUGUAAAUCAAGAUCCUUGGAACAUGCAUCCAGAUACUCACUUUCCUCCUCCCAAGCCUAGCAAGAUUCAAAUGAGAAGAGAUGCUUCCGGUGAACAUCAUCAGUUAAAUAGUGGAGAAUCGAAUCGGGAUUUCAGUCCAGAUCAUAGUUUGUCCAAUAAAGAUUCGGCAGAUGAACUGAUAAAGCAGGAACUUAAAGCUGUUGCUGAGGAUGUAGCUGCUUCUGUUCUUGGUUCACCCGUUGAUGUUCAAACUGCUAAUGUCGCAACACAGCAAACUGACAGUUUUGGGGAAUUCAAGACCAAAUUGUCGGAGAAAAUAAAUUUCGGGUUCCCUGCAUCAGGCAUUGGUCAAUUACAGAUAAUUAAAAACGGUGACUUGGAAGAGCUGAGAGAGUUAGGUUCGGGUACUUUCGGUACUGUUUAUCAUGGGAAGUGGAGAGGGACAGAUGUCGCGAUUAAACGCAUCAACGAUAGAUGCUUUGCAGGGAAACCUUCAGAACAAGACCGCAUGAGAGACGAUUUCUGGAAUGAGGCAAUAAAGCUAGCUGAUUUGCACCAUCCAAAUGUGGUUGCCUUUUACGGGAUUGUGCUGGAUGGUCCAGACGGUUCGAUUGCAACUGUUACUGAAUAUAUGGUGAAUGGUUCUCUUAGGAAUGCUUUGCAGAAGAACGAAAGGAGUCUUGAUAAGCGGAAGCGCUUAUUGAUAGGCAUGGAUGCAGCCUUUGGAAUGGAAUACUUGCAUGGCAAGAAUAUAGUACACUUUGAUUUGAAAAGCGACAAUUUAUUGGUCAAUCUCCGGGACCCACAUCGACCGAUAUGCAAGGUCGGUGAUUUGGGGCUUUCGAAGGUGAAAUGUCAUACCCUAAUUUCGGGAGGUGUGAGAGGAACACUUCCAUGGAUGGCACCGGAGCUUCUCAAUGGAAGCAGUAGCCUAGUCUCCGAGAAGGUUGAUGUGUUUUCAUUCGGAAUUGUGAUGUGGGAACUUCUCACGGGAGAAGAACCCUACGCGGACCUUCACUACGGAGCCAUCAUCGGUGGAAUAGUGAGCAACACAUUGCGGCCGCCUGUGCCGGAGCAGUGUGAUCCCGAGUGGAGGGAUCUGAUGGAGCGGUGUUGGUCGGCAGAGCCAUCAGAGAGGCCCAAUUUCACUCAGAUUGCCGACGAAUUGCGGGCCAUGGCGACCAAGCUUCCGGUGAAAGGACAAGCCCAGCAGCAGCUUCCAUCGGCGAAUCUCCAUGUCAAAAGCUGAUGUCAUAUUACACGUGUUUUAAAAAUUAAAUAAUUAUUUAUCAACCUGCUUUAUACAAAAGCUCGAAUGUAAGCUGAAUUGUCACAUGUUUUAGUUCAAGAAAAUUAUACAGAAAAAAAAAAUACACAUGUUAUCUAUUAUUAGACAAUGAAUAUCCAGGUCAGAAUGAUAAAUAGGUUAAUUAUAUAGGUGCAAGUUAUGUUUUACAUUAAUCUA